AUGCACCGCGACCUCCGUGCCCUGGAGCUGACGGACAAAACGGUACCGCAAGUCACCGCCUUGAUUGAAUAUGUCUGUCGCCACUUCCGAAUCCCGUCCAGCGUCACCACCGCGUCUUCAACAGCAGCAGCGGUCAAUGACGACAACAUUCACACUAUCAACGAGACGGUGCUGGCCUACACAUUGUGGAAAGCCAAAGACUUGGUCGAGUACGACGCCUUCCUCGAACUGCUGAAAGGAAGCGGCGAAUUCGUCAAGGAAUUUACUGUCGAGCGUGCGAGGAGGGACACGUAA